CACAUUUUUUUCAAAACUACUGAUAACCCUGUCAUAACCUCAAAUUUUUGAAAAUUUAUCAAAAAAAUGUGUGACCAAUAUUUGUUGUCGUACUAUAAAGAUGAAAUUAUCGAUAUUCUGAAAGAUCUGGAUGAGCACAAACACUUUUCAGUGAAUGUCAAUUUUGUAGAAAUGUCUGGAAAUGAGCCAAAUCUAGUCAAUGAUUUUUUACGAGAGCCGGAAAAAACACUGGAGGAAUGGAACAACGCUCUUAAAAGAGUCCAAACUAAUUUAAUGCUCCAAUCUCAAGAGGACUUACACACAAUUAAAGAUAACAUCCAUUGUCGCAUUUAUAGUCUACCAAUGUAUCCAGAAUUACAUCGAACGAAAUUUCCACAAAACGAUGACGUGAAUAAAUUUUUACAAGUCACAGGGACUGUUACUAGAAUGACCCAAAUGAAAAUGUUGGAAUAUCAGAAACAAUACAUUUGUACUAAGUGUAAACACACAAUGCUAGUUACGGCUGAAUAUCAGAUGAAAAAUGUUAUAAUAUCGCCAAAAAAAUGUACAAACCCGGAAGGCUGCAAAGGGACAACUAUUGUAAGUUUAGGAAAAAUAGAUCCUGCGUUUUGUAAAGACUAUCAAGAGGUCAAAAUGCAAGAAACUGUUAAUAAACUUGACAUUGGUUGCAUGCCUAACUCAAUUUGGAUAACUUUAGAAGACGAUUUAGUUGAUUUAUGCAAACCUGGUGAUAAUAUAACGGUCUGUGGUUUAGUUAAACGACGCUCAAGUCAAUUUUUUAUCGGCAAAAAAAUGGACGUCGAACUAGUGAUCAAAGCAAAUCAUAUCCACGUUAAUAAUAACAAUAGUUCAGUCCUUUCAAUCACCCCUGUACUCAAAGAUAUGUUCCAAGCAUUCUGGCACACCUACUCGGCCACGCCUCUCGUCGCACGUGACAUCAUCUUAAAAUCGAUUUGUCCAGAACUCUACGGCCGUUUCAUCGUCAAAUUGGCUGUAGCGGUGGUUUUAGCCGGUGGUAGUACCAAACACAACACUUCAGACACAAAGGUGAGGGUUCGGGCCGAGCCUCAUUUAUUACUCGUAGGUGACCCUGGAACAGGUAAAUCGCAAUUAUUGAGGUUUGCUUCGAAAAUAAUGCCGAGAUCGGUUCUUACCACCGGGGUGGGGUCUACAGCGGCUGGUCUAACUGUCACUGCUGUUAUGGAAAAUGGGGAGUGGCAAUUAGAGGGCGGAGCUUUAGUAAUGUCAGAUGGGGGGAUUUGUUGCAUUGAUGAGUUUAAUACGAUGAAGGAGCAUGACAGGAUGAGUAUUCAUGAAGCGAUGGAACAACAAACUAUCAGUGUGGCGAAAGCUGGUAUUGUUUGCAAACUCAGUACGCGUUGUUCUAUACUGGCAGCAACUAAUCCAAAGGGAAACCUUGAUCCUAGUCAACCCUUAAAUAUGAAUGUGGCUUUAGCAAGCCCUUUAUUGAGCCGUUUCGAUUUAAUUUUGCUUAUGAGAGAUAUAGUUGAUGAGGAUUGGGAUUCUCAAAUGGUUGAUUACAUUUUGACUUCACAGGAAAAUCCAAAUUCAUCGAAAUUAAGUGAAAAUAUUAAUUGGACAAUUGAGACUUUACAAGCCUACUUUGCGAUCAUUAAAAAAAGUCACCCCAUGUUGAAUGACGAUUCUCAUAGAAUAUUGAGAAGUUAUUAUCAAGCACAAAGACAGAAAAAUCAUCGAAACAAAUCAAGGACAACAGUCAGACUUUUAGACAGUCUAGUGCGGUUAUCACAAGGACAUGCUCGUCUUAUGUUUCAUAAAGAAGUCACAAUUGUCGAUGCUGUAGUAGCUGUGAUUUUAGUAGAAAUGGCAAUGGAAUCCGACUUUUCGGUUUUUAAUUUAAGUUUUGAUACCAGGAAUAACUUUCCUCUUGAUCCCGAACAAAGUUACCGAGAAUUGGUCCAAAUUGUACUUAAGAAAUUGGACCUUAGUGAUUUACUUGAAAACGAACGUGCAUCGGGUGUUUGUGACCUCUGUCGAGGGCGCUCCAGUUGUAUACACACAGCUCCUAAAGCAGAAUCGAAGUCAUUGAAAGAAAAUGAUAAAAAGGAAACUACAGGAAGCUCUGAAAAAAUAACUAAGGCACAACCAAGCACGUCGAAAAUUAAUGAAGAUGAAGAAAUAAAAACUAUUGGUACUGAAAAUGAAACAAAAAACAAGAAAAAUAGUGAGACAAGCCCAAGUACUUCAAAAGUUAAUAAUGAUGAAAUAAAAAUAGUUAGUGCAGAGAAUAAUGAAAAUGAAAAAGACAUCAUGAUAAAACCUACAGAAGAUAGUAGUAUUUCGACAAUAGAUAAGAAAGACAAAAUCAAAAAUAACAAACGAAACAAAACGAAAAGCUCAACAAAUCCAAAAAAGAUCAAAUUAAAAUCAAGAGAAAAUGAAAUAAAUGACGACCUAGCUGCUCUUAACGCCAUGCCGAGUGUUAACGACAUUUUCCAAAUGGAUAACGCGUUGGAGGAAGACCUUAAUCUUAAAUCUGUCUGUGAAGAAAAUAAAUCACAAGAAAGUAAAUCAAAUCAAGAACUUUCACAACGUUCAAAAAUUAGACAAGAUUUAAAAAAAUUUCGAUUUGUUCCUAAAGAAAAUCAAUCUACUAUUGACGCUAACGAAACUACUUGUGGAGCUUUAGAAAUAUCUUUCCAGGAUGUUAAAUCCAGCACGAUGUUAGAAGAACCUGAGAAAAAAAAUGUUGCGAAAAAAUUCAAUUUUAAAAAAGUGGUAACACCAAUAAAAAAUUUUCAAAUGUUCGAAUCCCAGGAGGAUUUAAAUGAUUUAGAUUUGGAUAUUUAAUUUUUGUAUUUUGUAACUGAAAUAAAUUUACAAGUUUCUUGAAAUCUCACUCAA